AAGCCAGGCCGAUACAAGGGGACGAGACGAGUAUGGCGUCGAACGAACUGGCGGCGAUCCUAGCGCGGCGCCGCGCCAAGGCCGGUGGGGAGAGUGAACCUCCUGUGCCAGCAGUGGAACCCAGCGCUUCCGCUGCGCCAGGGACGGCCCCAUCGGCUGCUAGAAGCUCCAUCGCGGAACGGAUCGCACGUCUCAAGCAACAGAGCGCGGCAGCUAGCGCCGCCGAGGCAACGCCCCCCGCGCCGCGAUUUAAUCACCCGUCACCGGCUUCGGAGCCGUCGGAGCAGCUUCUAGCGAGUCACAGCAGCGCUGGCAGCAUGAGCGACGCGAGUGUAACGUCAGCAGCUUCCGAACCGGUUGACACGUCUUCGGUGGCGGCAGCACAGGAGGCUGCGGGUAUCCGUAAAGCUUCUAGUAAGAUCCAGCAGCUACAAGGCAGUCUUGGUAUCAAUGUGAAUACAUUCGGACGUCCGGGGGGAGCAUCCAGUGGAGGAUAUCGGAGUGCCCAAAGGGAGUCUAUUAUGAGCACAGGAGAGGAACAAUAUGGACACACGCAGCACGCCAUGGGUGUUGCCAUGCCCGGUAUGACGGGAUCGGCGAUUCCUAUGCCUGGAUUAGCAAAGGGUGGCUUCAGACUGCCUGGGAUGGCAGCUGGAGGUGAACAGAGUGCCGAAGCCCCAGCAGCAGCUCUGGAUGAUUCUCAUACGAUGGCUGCACCGAUUAUCGAUAACGUCCAGCCCUCUCAAGCCCCCGCAACUGAACCUUCAGUCGCUACUGCGCCUACACCCGCUGAAGUUGUUGAGCCGAAAGCUCCUGAAGCUCCUGUCUUGGUUUCGCCUCCAGCACCCGAACCUGCAAAUUUGUUCGGAAGCCCGGCUUCACAAUCUGUGUACUCUCCAGCUCCGGUUCAGUCCACCUUUGCGGCACCUACACCCGCGCCCGCACCGGUACGAGCACCAACACCGGCACCGACACCUGCUGUCUCAGCGACACUGCACAAGGUACCGGAACCAAUGGUGGCCCAACCCAUGAAGCCUUAUCAGAUCGAGGAUGAUGAUCCGUAUGCGCCGAAAUACGAUGCCUCUACGGAGCAGUACUCAUAUGCUCCGACAGGAUUCCCUAACGCGCUGAUGGCGAAUUUCUCCAUGGACGAACUGUCACUUGACGACAAGCCAAAGUCGAAACCAGAGAUCACGUCGACUCCGUCCUCGACCUCCGCUUCGUCUCUGUUUGGCACGCCUGCCCCAGCUCCAGAGCCCACUCCGAAGCUUUCGUUUCCUCCUCCGGCUGCAGCAGUUGAAGCUCCUAAGCCAGCACCCGCACCAGUGUUCACCUUUGCACCUCCUCCAGUUCCUGAACGAGCUCCGUCACCGACUCCUGUGUCUACACCACUGGAAGCUGCAACAACCGCUCCGACCCGUGCCCCAGUGCCUUCAGCGAUGCCUGCUCCAGUGGCGUCAACAUCAGCUCCGACACCUGUGGCGCCCACACCGACACCGACACCGACACCCGCACCGACACCGGCACCUACACCUGUUCUCGUACCAACCCCGGCGGCAUCUACGCCUGCACCGACGUCAGGAUCGUUCCUGUUCGGUGCUACUGCUGCAGUUGCGGAUGAUGACGAGUCGAGCGAGAGCGACUGGAGCGAUGAUGACGGUGGAAGUCAGUCGCUAUUUGGCUCGCAGAAUGCAGCUCCCAAACCUGCGGCUGCCGCUCCUUCCCCAGUCUUAGUUGCGCCUUCACAGCCCACGCCUGAGCUUCGCCAGGCCCCAGUCCCUGUCAGCGGCAGCCUCUUCGGAGAACCGUCCAGCGCACCGGCACCAACCGCUGCCGCUCCGGCCCCUGGCUUCGUGCAGACGACACCUCAGGCUGCCAUUCCACCGGCACCUUACAGUUCACUUUUCGGUGGGGCUGUGAGAAGCAGUGAAAGCGAAAGCGACAGUGACGACGAAGGCGGUCUUUUCGGCACCGGAGUGCCAUCGAAGCGGUAAGCCCCGCUCAACUGACCCCUAGCACUCAUCAACACAAGAGACGGCGUGAAAUGCAAGCACGAACAGGCAGACAUAGAGGUUUGCUCAGUCAACAAGCAGCAUUGACCGUCAAAAGUGCUACGCUGUACAUGCUUCAAGCUAACGUUACGUGAAUCUUUUCUCAUUUUUU